AUGUCUGUUGUUGAUAAUUCGAAUGAGGAGAAUGAAAAGGACGUGGAUAAUUUGGCCGAUGCAUUAGCAGGUGUUGUAGUAGGUGAUGAGAAACCGGAAAAUGACAAAGACAUCGAUUCUAAAAGACAAAAACGAUUAUAUAAUUUAAUAUAUCAAUUAUUAGAUAUUAAUGGCCAGAUUAUUAAAUUAGACGCAGAGUUCGAAGGUAAAAGUAUGGAUUAUUUCAAAAAGUAUUUAGACCAAUUAAAUGUUAAAUUACGAUUUAAAAUACGUUGCAAGAAAAGAUUAUUUGUUGGCGAAGGCGAUUUUAGUUAUGCGAGAGCUUUGCUUCAGAAGCAUGCUGUCAAGCAUCCCACAUUGCCAGAAGCUAUUACGGCUACUGAAUAUGUCAGUAAAAAAGACCUGGAAACGAUAUACUCUGAAAAUUUUCCAGAAAAUGAAAAAUUUCUUACGGAAGAAGGUGUUACACUGCUGUAUGGGAUAGACGCAACAAAACUGUCAUAUAAUAUAAAAGGGCUGAAAAAACGAUAUCCAAGAAUUCAUUUUAAUUUUCCUCAUGAUAAAAGUGACUUUAAAAAACGGAGUUUACCACUACUAAUUGCUGAAUUUUUUGCCAGUGCACGCAAACUUCAAAAACGUAAAGAUCGAAUACACGUUACUCUCCCUAAAGAUCCCGAGAAAAACGAUUUUUAUCUAGGUUAUGUAUAUGGAAUUUAUGAUGGAAGUUCGAAUGCCGGCUAUCAGUUAAUCAGAAAACGAAAGUUUGAGAAAUCACGUUAUCCAGGCUAUAUACAUCGUAUAACAAAAACAAACGUAUCCGCUACUGUUACUGAAGUAAGAAGAGAAUAUAUUUUUGAAAAUGUUAAAAAAGAUCUUGAUAAAAUCAAAAAAAGUACACCUCCUACGAAAAUAGUGUGUUAUAACGAAGUAGUAAACUCUUUAUCAAAUUUGCCUACGGACUCUGAUUCCAGCGAGUACACUGAAUUGUCAGCAGAGGAUUCGUCUGAUAGUUUAGAUGAAGGUGAUCCUGAAAGAUAA